CCCUGCCCGCCCGCCGCCUGCCGCCCGCCUGCCGCCCGCCGGGCCCGCGGGGCCGCGUUGUCCGCCGGCCGGAGUCGCAGGAGCAGAGAUGGAUUUGCGGGCAUGGAGAGCGUAGGGAAGGACCCGGUUCUUGCUGGCAGAGAAGGCUGGCUGCUGACCCAGGGCGUGUCUCCAGGAGGCCGGCCAGGCUGCCCGGUUCCCCACCUCGCCGCCAUGGGCCACCCAGGCUGACCAGCCGAUUCCUGCUGGAGGCUCCUGACAUUUGGGGAGAUGACGUCGGCGCCCCCCGACUGCCUGCUGGGGCUGCUCCGGGGCACCCCGAGGCAGCGGGUCUGUACCCUGUUCAUUAUCGGCUUCAAGUUCACCUUCUUCGUCUCUGUCAUGGUCUACUGGCAUGUUGUGGGAGAGCCCAGGGGCCAAAGAGUGCUCUCUAACCUGCCUGUGGACGUCCCCUGCCCCCACGGUCCCCCAACCCCCCCGCCCCCCGGCACCCUGCCUCCAGGCAACAUCUUCUUCCUGGAGACCUCUGACCGGACGAACCCCAACUUCCUGUUCAUGUGCUCCGUGGAGUCAGCCGCCAGGGCGCACCCCGAGUCCCCGGUGGUGGUCCUGAUGAAGGGACUGCCUGGCGGGAACGCCUCCCGCCCGCGGCACCUGGGCCUCUCGCUCCUGGGCUGCUUCCCCAACGUCCAGAUGCGCCCCCUGGACCUGGAGGAGCUCUUCCGGGAGACGCCCCUGGCCGCCUGGUACGCGGCCGUGCAGCGGCGCUGGGAGCCCUACCUGCUGCCGGUGCUCUCAGACGCCUCCAGGAUCGCGCUGCUGUGGAAGUUCGGUGGCAUCUACCUGGACACGGACUUCAUCGUCCUCAAGGACCUGAGGAACCUGACCAACGCGCUGGGCACCCAGUCCCGCUACGUCCUCAAUGGCGCCUUCCUGGCCUUCGAGCGGCACCACGAGUUCAUGGCGCAGUGCAUGCGCGACUUCGUGGCCCACUACAACGGCUGGAUCUGGGGCCACCAGGGCCCGCAGCUGCUCACGCGGGUCUUCAAGAAAUGGUGCUCCAUCCGCAGCCUGAGCGAGAGCCGCGCCUGCCGCGGCGUCACCACCCUGCCCCCCGAGGCCUUCUACCCCAUCCCCUGGCAGAACUGGAAGAAGUACUUCGAAGACAUCAGCCCCCAGGAGCUGACCCAGCUACUCAAUGCCACCUUUGCGGUCCACGUGUGGAACAAGAAGAGCCAGGGCACGCGCUUUGAGGCCACGUCCAGGGCCCUCCUGGCCCAGCUCCACGCCCGCUACUGCCCCACGACGCACAAGGCCAUGAAGAUGUACUUGUGAGGGGGCCUGCCAGCUCACCUCCCUGCACGUGGCAGAGAGGAGCUCUGGAGCCCGCCUUCCCAGGGGAGGCUAGAUGGGAGGGCUAGAGAUGGGGAGGCUGGGCCUCUGCAGCCCCAGGGUCUGGGGCAGGUGGUGGGGAGGAUGGGGAACUGUUGGCCAGAGAGCUGUUACUGCAGGGCGCACUGCGGCCCCUGGGGCCUGCUCUGGUGGGCCACCCCCUGGGCCCGCCUACCGUCACAGAGUUGAGACGACCAGUGGUGAGGGGAGCGUCUCCAGACAGAAUGAGCUGGAGUGAGCUGGCUGAGCACACCUGGGUCUUGUUCACAAUGGGCAAGCCUGGUGAAUAUGAAAGCACCUCACAGAGUGGCAGGCUGGGCUGAA